AUGACAUCUCAACAGCCUGAGUCACUUGUAUCUACUGAUCCAUCAGUGACUAUUAGUUCGUGUUCGAAUGUAUCUAUUUUUUUCACCAAGUCUCUGCAAUCAUCACAAAAUGUUGGUGCUAUUAAUUUUUCAAAAACUCAAAAAGGACGUGAUCUUCUAAUGAUGAAUGGUUAUAGUUACACUUUAAAUAAAGAGACAAAAGUACAACAUUACUGGAGAUGUGAAACUCGCCUUUGUUCCGCAACACUUAUCACAACCAGAAAUUUGAUUACUGAUAUACAUUCAAUAAGUUCAGUAGGAGAAAUUCAUCAUCUUCAUGCCCCUUCAAUUGCAAAACAAGAAAUUGGAGUAUUUAGAGCACAGGUUAAACGACGUGUUCGUGAAGAAUUAACACCAGUUGCUCUGCUUAUCGAACAAGAAAUGCGGAAGGUAAAUUUAUCUUCGGAGGCACAGCAACUGUUAACACAUCCACAACAUAUGAAAGUUGCUUUUAGCCGAGAACGUCAUAAAUGUAUUCCAAAUAUUUCACAAUCUUUAGAUUUUAUCAUUUCCACAUGUGUAUACAUUGACACGUGGAUUCGAACGUUUCCUAUUAAAGGAUGA